CUUUCUGAUUCAAACGUCAUUCUGGUUUCUUCUAGAUCGAUCCCGAUUGUUUCCCAUUGAUCCUGAUCCGGAAGCUGUGUAAAUGGCGUACGUCGACCAUGCGUUCUCGAUAACCGACGAGGACAUUAUGAUUGAGACUUCAUACACAGUCAAUAACCGACCGCCGGUGAAGGAGAUCGCACUCGCGGUGGCUUUACUCGUGUUCGGAACCCUAGGAAUUGUCUCCGGCUUCUUCAUGGCUUAUAAUCGAGUUGGCGGUGAUCGAGGCCACGGGAUUUUCUUCAUCGUCCUCGGGUGUCUUCUGUUCAUCCCCGGGUUUUACUAUACUCGGAUCGCGUAUUAUGCUUACAAAGGAUACAAAGGUUUCUCCUUCUCAAACAUACCGCCCGUUUAGCCUCGCCUUUCGAACCUCUCCUACUCAAUGUAUAGAGAUGUUUUAUUGCUCUAAGCAAUGAUUGACUUGUUUUCUCUUUUGUGUAGUUUUAUAGGAUUUGAGUCCAGUCCCUUCUUGCUUUCUCGUUCUUCUUGUUAAAUAAAUUCGAGUCUGUGAC